AAAGAUUGCUCUUUGCGCUUCGGAGCGCAACGUUGCCGAUGACUGAUGACGGUGCUUGUGCCAGUGCAGAGUCAUAAGGCAUACAGUCAGAGUGACACACGGAUGUUAAGCCUUCAGUGUUGAAAGCCAGCCUACAGCAGAAACACUACGCACAGGGAUGCAAUGGGCGUUUUCACAGAGACCGUGGUGCCCAUUUUUGGCAACAUAUUGGCGACAGCCAUGUUGCUGUCACCAGUUCCGGCAGUUUUGCGGUUGCGUCGGACGGGCAAACUCGGUGACAUCAACCCGCUACCCUAUCCAAUGACUUCGGUGAACUGCGCGGGUUGGAUAGCGUACGGCUUCGCCACAGCCAAUCCGUACAUCUUCCCUGCCAACGUGGCCGGCUUCCUAGCGGGGUUGUUCUUCAGCCUAACCGCCUUUCCCUGCUCCAACCAGAAGCUCCAAGACCGCAUCACGGCAAUUCUGGUGACCGCUUCCGGCUACUUCAUCCUGCUGGGCCUGAUAGCCUGCUUCGGCUUGACCGACAAGGAAACCCUGCGCAUGUGGGGCACCAGCGCCGUGGCAAUCCUGGCGCUCUACUACCUGGUGCCGUUGAGCACCCUGGUAGCCAUCGUGCGCAGUCGCAACGCGGCAUCCAUCUACCCGCCACUGGCAGCAACCGCCAUCGCCAACGGAACCAUGUGGGCGGUGUACGGACUGGCGAUCAGGGACAUCAACCUCUGGCUGCCCAACUCCUUCGGUGCAAUCCUGGGGGCGGUGCAGCUCCUGCUGCGGUUCAAGUACGGCGCUAAACCCGCCCCAGCAGCAGCGGUGGCGGGGGUAGCAGGCGCAGCAGGCGGGGAGGCGGCAGGCGGAGGCAGCGGCGUUAAGGGGACGGCGGCAGACGGGGACGAGGAGCUUGCGAUUGGGAGGUCCGGAGAUAGUGACACUCCCCGUGCGGAGGGGCGACAGGGCUCCGAGAUACACCUGCUGGCGCCCAGACCUUGGGAAUCAUCGGGCGGGGCGGCGGGCGGCAGCAGCAGCAGGGCAACGCCGCAGCAGCUGGCUCCCGCGGGCGCAAGGGAGGCAGCAGGAGAGUCGACAACAGGUCCCGCGAUUGGACGACCAUCGUAGAACGGAUCAUGGAAAAGAUGACAUGAGGCACCCGCGACUCGAAGUGGGGUUGUGCUGCGCUGCGAUGUGACCGGCGGGGUCGGAAGGCGUUGCGCCUGGCAGCUGGGUGGGACUGCGUGCAGGGUGCUGGUAAAGGCAAAAAUAUGAUACAACUAAGUGACGGCGUGCACACGUCAUGCCCUGCAGCGGCGUGCUUGGUGGUUCCAUGUGGCUGCAGCAGCGGCCGCCUAACGAUGCAGCAGAUGCUGCUGCGGUAGCUAGGGCUAGAGCUAAGUUGGUGGUUGCACGGAGCUGAGUUGGCGGGAGGGAAGGGUACAGGUUACGUGAGUAGUGAUGCUGCCGGCUUUCGUUUUGAUGCGGCGAUUAACGAGCAUGUGCGUGAGUAGUUUUGAAUGGAGGGUUUUGAGCGUAAGGUUGUUGAGUUGAGUUUGGUUGAGUUUGCAUUAAUCAUUUGAGUUGGGCCAGGUUGGGCUGGAAUGAAGUGGCGGCAUGAACUUGCAAGGGUGUGCAGAGUUUGACAUGGCUUGGGGUAAAGCGAUUCGUCGUACAUACGUCAUGUCUGUAUGUUGCUGGGAUGUACAUGUUUAAUUUGGGCCUUCGUUUUUCUGGUGACAUCCUCCAGGGGA